UGAAUUUAGGAGUUACAUAUUCUAGUUAAACAGUUUUGGAGUUUUAUUAGCAUGACAGCGAAGCUUGCAACCCAAGACGAGUUUAAAUGUUUCAUGGCGCGUACACUGAGACGCCGUUAGUUACAGGACACAUUACAAGAUGGCGGACCGCAAACGCUUUCAAAUGUUUUCGCGCUUCGUCUCCCCGCUGCAUACUCGAAAAAGUACAUUUUUAUGGUAAAAACGUGAGCUUAGAAAGGACUCCGAGGUGGAGAAAAGAUCAGGUUGCGUCGCAUCCACGCUCGUGAAUAAUUCGGCGAGGCCGACGGCUACUAAAAGGAAAGGACGAGUCCCGAAGGAGGAGAAGAAGAAGUCAGAAGAUGGAGGAGGUGGCGAAGACGCGGCCCGUAAUCUCGGCUAAAGUGAGAGGACCGGGCCCGGGACGCUACGCCCUGCCGCCGACGGUGGGCUACGUCGACCACGACGUCACAAAGCACGCCGGCCCCGCCUACUCCUUCCGCAGCCGAACGAGCAGCGCCAUGAUCUCUGUGGACUCCAGCCCGGGACCGAGAUACCACGUCGCCGCUAACGUGACGCGCUUCGGCCGGACGGAGAUGCCUUCCUACUCCAUGUCGGGCCGAGGGAAGCGGACUGCUAGCGAAGGUGACAAGUUCCAGACUCCGGGCCCGGGGGCCUACAGCCCGGAAAAAGCCCCGCCUCUCAACGCGCAGCGCCGAGCUCCGGCCUACACCAUCGGGGCCCGCACACGCUACCGCUCUGUGGAUGCGGUACCGGCGCCCAACACGUACACGCUCCCCAAGCUGUUGGGCCAUCAGGUCCCCAACAAGCCGUCCGGGGUCAGCUACAGCAUGUCGGCCCGCCGCGAGGCCGGCGGCCCCUCGGCGGACUUGGCCCGGAGCCCCGGUCCCGGCGGGUACAACGGCACCCGCCCGGACGUCUACCUCCGACGCCAGCCCUCCUUCUCCAUGCAGAGCCGGACCAAAAGGCCCGCCUACCCGUCGGCCACCCCGGGGCCCGGCGCCUAUCGCCCGGAGAGUUCCGGGGCGCACCUCCGCAGGGCGCCGUCCUUCACCAUGGGGGUCCGCCACUCGGAGUUUGUCAUGCCGCUUGUGCUGGACUUGGUCCGCUGAUUGCCUUCGAAAGAGGCCGCAAAAGUAUCGGACCACCUCGCGCUUGCUUACUUUCGUGACUCGAUAAA